UUGACUUUAUGUUCUUCAACGGUUACAAACUGGUCUCCUUUUCGAUACAAAACGCAGUGACCAUUUUCUCAAGCCUUAAGCAUUACCCAAAUCCCGAAUGAAGGUUAUGAAAGCAAUGAAGAAGCUCAAGUUCUGGUCAAGAAAGAAGAGGAAACGUAAGCAAGCUAGCCCAUCACAGCCUGAUCACCAUUGCUCUUAUGACUACUCCUCCACUGUGGCAGCAGCGGUGGCGGUUGAGCCCACAGCGCCUCCUCUGUCGUUUUGGUUCGAUGAGACUCAUAAUCUUUGUCCGCCAGAGACAUCAGCAUUUCCUUGGAAUAAUACUCAGUUGCCUCACCAACAAGAAGAAACCAUCGUCGAGACAACCCCGUUGUUGUUGUCUCAAGUAUCUGAUCUUCGCAUCUACCAGUCUUAUCAGCAGUACAUGGUACCGAAUCCAACUUAUGGCGUUCCCAUUGUAGAAUCAGAACCACAUCCACCUGCAGCUACAGCCAAGAGAUCAGUGGGAAUAUUCGGUUGUGUAAUUGAGUUAAGUUCGAGUCUAGUUCGUUGUUUCAUCCCGUGAUUGAGCACUUAUGAAAGCGAUUAGCGAGAAUAAUUUCACAACAUCGUUCACAUGUAUCUUUCUUUGCAUCUUCCCAUUAAAUAAUCUUCUUAGUUUAAGUUCAUAUUUUUUAGCAAUAAUAAAACUUUGUAACAUUAUUAAAAAGUUGUAAUACUAAAAGAAAAAAACCAAUUUUUGUUUA